AUGCUGCCUGGAGCCUGGCUGCACUGGGCCUGCCUCCUGCUUCUGGCCAGGCUCACCCAGUCCUGCCCUGUGGGCUGUGAUUGCUUCACCUGGGAGGUGUUCUGCUCCGACAAGGCCUUGGUCACCAUCCCCCGUGACAUCCCGCCGCACGCCACGGGCAUUGUCUUCGUAGAGACCUCAUUCACCACAGUGGGAACCAGGACCUUUGAGGGUAAUCCUAACCUGACCAAGGUGGUCUUCCUCAACACCCCACUUUUUCACUUUGGGCUGGAUGCCUUUGGGGGGCUGCCUAGGCUCAAAGACCUGGAGAUCACCGGCAGUGAAUUUUCCAACCUCAGUGCCGCCAUCUUCUCCAACCUGACCUCACUGGCCAAGUUCACCCUCAACUUCAACAUGUUGGAGGCCCUGCCGGAAGACCUCUUCCACAACAUGAAUGCCCUGGAGACCCUCCAGUUGCAGGGCAAUCGGCUCCAGGCCCUGCCUGGCAGGCUCUUCCAGCCUCUGAGACUUCUGAAGACCCUUAACCUGGCUCAGAACCACCUGGCCCAGCUCCCCAAGGAGCUGUUUGACCCGCUUGGCAACCUGCAGACCUUGAAACUGAGCUACAACGCCCUCUCCAGCCUGCCCCAGGGAGUGUUUGGCAAACUGGGCAACCUGCGGGAACUCUUCCUCGACAGCAACGCCAUUUCGGAGCUGCCCCAGGAAGUGUUCUCGCAGCUUCUACACCUGGAGAAGUUGUGCCUGAAGCAGAAUGCCAUCCGGUCCCUGCCUUUCUCUGUCUUCUCCUCCUUGGGCCACCUGACUUUCCUGAGCCUGCAGGGGAAUGCACUUAGGGUACUGCCCACUGGCCUCUUUGCCCAGACUCUGGGCCUGCAAGAUUUGUCCCUGUCCCACAACCAGCUGGAGACCAUCGCCGAGGGAGCCUUCACCAACCUGACCAGCCUCAGUUCCCUCAGACUUUCGCACAAUGCCAUCACCCAUCUGCCGGUAGGGGUCUUCAGAGACCUGGAAAAGUUGACCAAGCUCUACCUGGACAGCAACAACCUGACGUCUUUGCACCCUGCCCUCUUCGAGAACCUGUCCAAGUUGGAGCUGCUCAGCCUUUCCAGGAACCUCCUGACCACACUCCCUGAGGGCAUCUUGGACACCAACUACAACCUGUUCAACCUUGACCUGUCUGGCAACCCCUGGCAGUGUGACUGCCACCUGGCCUACCUCUUCAACUGGCUGUACCAGUAUAGCGACCGGUUCUUCAACACCCAGACCUACUGUGCUGGCCCUGCCUUCCUGAAGGGCCAGGUGGUGCCUUCCCUGAAGGAGGAGCAACUGGUCUGCCCUGUCACCCGGGACCGCUUGGGCUUCCAGGCCCCGGGGUUGGACAACAGGGAUCCAGGGUGCGCCUGGGAUCUGGCCGCCCAGCAACAGGCAGCCUGGAGCAGGUGCACCUACAGCAACCCUGAGGGCACAGUGGUGCUGGCCUGCGAUGAGGCCCGGUGUCACUGGCUGACAGUCCAGCUGUCUUCCAGGCAGAGUUCUGAUUCCCCAGGACUGACACACAACGCCAGUCAAGAGUGGAACCUGAAGUCGAGCUGUGGCUCUGUGAGGGUCACUGUGUCUAUUGAGGCUCCAGCAGGGGAGCCCUAG